AACUCCCGAGCCGGCGAACCCCCAAUACCUCCUGCGCCACCACCAGACGCGACCCACACCAGCUCAAGGUAAGACUGGCAGGUUUCACUGUGUCGAGCAGUUUUUGUGGACAAUCUUCAGUCGCUCCCUAGUGCUGACUUGCUGUUUUGUUGUCAUCACAAUGUCAGGCUUGCUGAACUCAAAUCUUAACAGUUCAGCAUCAAAUCUUCCGGACUCAACAGGACGACCAUUUGCAGCAUCCUUUUCUGGCCAAUCUGGAUCAGUUCAAGGUUUCCAUCACUCUGGUCUGCACAACAUUCAUGGAAAUUUCAAUCUUCCAAAUAUGCCUGGUUCGCUUGCUCAAAGGAAUGCUGCAAUGAGUGGCCUACCAUCCUCUGGGGUUCAGCAAACUGGAGGGAGCAUUUCAGGGAGAUUUGCUUCGAACAACCUUCCAGGUGCCAUGUCUCAGAUUCCUCAUGCACAUUCAGGUGUCGGUGGUAGAGGAAUGAAUGUUGGUGGAGGUCAAGCAUAUAGUAGUGGCAUGAAUAUUGGUGGUACCAUUCAAGGCUUAUCCUCAAACUUGGGCAACAGUGUCAAUCGGAAUUCUGUUCCUGGCAUGUCCGCGUCUCCAGCUUUAGGAAACUUGGGUCCACGUAUUACAAGUUCUGUGGGAAACAUUGUGGGCGGGAGUAACAUUGGAAGAAAUAUGAGCUCUGGUGGGUUGUCGGUGCCGAGUAUUGCGUCACGCAUGAAUUUUGGUGGCAAUACUGGGAGUGGAAGUCUAAAUGUGCAAGGAUCCAACAGGAUGAUGACUGGCCUUCUUCCGCAAGGAUCAUCUCAACUGAUUAGUAUGAUUGGAAGUUCAUAUCCAACGUCUGGAGGUUCAUUAUCCCAGAACCAAAUGCAAGGAGGUAAUAAUUCUCUAGGUUCUUUGGGGAUGCUACAUGACCAUGGUGACAAUGCUCCAUUCGACAUCAAUGAUUUUCCCCAGUUGACUGGCCGACCUAGUUCUGCUGGUGGGCCGCAAGGACAAUAUGGAUCACUACGGAAGCAAGGAGUUGGUGUUAACACUAUUGUUCAACAAAACCAGGAAUUCAGUAUUCAAAAUGAAGAUUUCCCGGCUUUGCCAGGAUUUAAAGGUAGCAGUUCAGAGUAUGCUAUGGAGUUACAUCACAAGGAACAACUUCAUGAGAAUGUACCUGUAAUGCAAGCACAACAAUAUCCAAUGGCAAGGUCAGUUGGUUUUAAUUUAGGAAGUAGCCACCCACCAAAUCGUCAGCAGCAUCAGCUGGGUGGUAAUUCAAUUCAGAGUGCUGGACCCCAAAACAUUGGACUAAGACCACUAAACUCUAGUCAAGCUUCUAGUUUGGGAUCAUAUGAGCAACUGCUCCAGCAGUACCAGCAGCCGCAGACCCAAAGGCCUUUCAGGUUGCAGCAGAUGUCUUCAGGCACCCAGUCACACAGGGAUCAAAGUCUAAAGGUCAUUCAGGGAGGCCAGACACCACCUGAUCCAUAUGGCUUGUUAGGAUUGUUGGGAGUUAUAAGGAUGCAUGAUGCUGACUUGACAUCUCUUGCUUUAGGAAUAGAUUUAACAACAUUGGGUUUAAAUUUGAACUCAGCAGACAAUCUGUACAAGACAUUUGGCUCCCCAUGGUCAAAUGAGCCAGCAAAAGGAGAUCCUGAUUUUCAGAAUCCAGCUUGUUACUUGGCUGAGCAACCCCCACCACUCACUCCUUUGCAUUUUCAGAAGUUUCAGACACUCAUACUGUUCUACAUAUUCUAUAGCAUGCCAAAGGACGAAGCUCAGAUAUGUGCUGCCAUCGAACUAUAUAACCGUGGAUGGUUUUACCAUAGAGAACUGCGGCUGUGGUUCACAAGAAUUCCUAACAUGGAACCUCUUGUCAAGACUCCUGAUUAUGAACGGGGUUCUUAUGGUUGCUUUGAUCCACACAAUUGGGAGACAGUCCGUAAGGAUAACUUUGUUCUCCAUUAUGAGCUAGUAGAGAAAAAGCCAAGUCCCCCUUCUGCAUACCAAAUCGUUAGGUGAAAGAAAUCUGGGUACCUCCUGACUCUAGCUUUGUUGGACAUGAACAAAAGCCUUCAUUUGAAACAUAACAAGUGUCAUUGCCCAAUUCGUCAAAGUACUAAUUUUUCUUAGAAGUACAUACACUAAACACUUUGAUUUAUUUA